AUGUUUGUUGUGUUGUUUCUUGCUUUUCUCUCGUUUCCGGCGAUGACGUCGGCGAACACGGAGUGCGCCUGGGUGAUUGGCAAGUUGGUCUGCUCCAACGAGGAGAACCUCGCAAAUGCCGUCGUCGAGGUCUAUGAUCUCGAUAGACCUAAGGUGUGGCCUCUUUUUCAGCUCAUUUUGCUCUGAAAUGUGUAACAUUUGAAUUCUAGAAGCAUCAAGAAACGAGAAGGUCACAUGGUUGUGAAAUAAAAAAAGUAUUGGAAUGUUUUUCUUUGCUUGUUCCAUCAGAUUUUCAAAAUUAAAAAUUUGGAAUAAGGUAUCAUAGAUAAAUCUCUUUUAUUUAUCUACCUAGUUUGCCGUGAACGGAAAAAAGUCUAUUUUUCUGUAUCAUAUUUAAACUUUCAGCUCUAGUUUUUUUUUUAAUUAAACGGAACAGAGAGAAAGAGCAGAAAAUCGAGACUUUGUCAAGUAGAAUUUGGUCUAUCAUAAAAUAAAUUUUGGAAGCUUUUAAUUUUUUUGAAAUUUGAAGUUCAAAUUUUUCAAAUAAUGAUGAAACUUUCACGGAAACCUCAAUCAUCUUUGCGAAAAAUUAAUAGUCCAGAGAACAGUUGUGAUAAGAAAAACCCUCAAUCGAAGGCUCUGAAGUCAAAAUUUGAAACAGAUGAAAUCGAAUUUUAGCUUCAGGCUUUAAUUUUGUUUUUGAUCAUUGAUUUGCAGAAGUCAGUCAUCAUUAGGGCUCAGAAAAGUUUUAAUUUUUUUUUACUUUGCUUUUAUUUAGUUCGGAAGGUUGAAUGUCCUCGACACGGAUGAUUUGGCAGGUCGAACCGUCGUUGCCAAAGAGGAGAAUGGAAUUUUCAAAGUAGAAGGUACAGGAAAUAUUCCUCCCCAAUCCGGAAAAUGUCUCAGGUUGUGCCUCUGACUUCGAUUGGCUCGGUCCGGCCUACACGAAUCGUCCAGAGUUUUUCCUGAAGGUCCGCCACAGCUGCAAGGGGAAGUAAGUCUUGGAUUUCAACAAGAAUCGAAUAUCGGCUCAAAAAUUUGUUAUCAAAAGAGUUACAUUUAAAAAGUCUCUGAUUUUUUUUUCUACGUUUUUCAUUCAAAAUAACUCCGUUCAGACCCGAGACUUUGACGCUUUUCCCUCCAGACAUGCGCGUCUACGCCCCACAGACAAUGGAUUAUUACCUUAAUAACCCGAUUCUCCUUGAUUGA